UCUUGGUUUAAGGGAAGGUGGUCAGGGUGGAUCAACUACCACUGGCGGUCAGGGACGACCGAGGGGAUGAGAAAAUUCUAUUUGGUGUUUCUUUCAUCUGCUUAUUUUGCACCAGUGUUUUUCUCUCUGACAUAGCUGGCCUGCCCCGGGAGAGGACAUUUUUGCGACCAGCAUGCCCACCCAGCUGGAGAUUGCCAUGAACACCAUGAUCAGAAUCUUCCACCAGUACUCCUGCAAGGAAGAAGACCGAUUCAAGCUCAGCAAGGGGGAACUGAAAAUGCUACUGCAGCGAGAGCUCACCGACUUCCUCUUGUGUCAAAAGGAUCCACAGUUGGUUGACAAGAUAAUGCAGGACUUGGAUGCCAAUAAGGACAAUGAGGUGGAUUUUAAUGAAUUCGUGGUCAUGGUGGCCGCCCUGACAGUGGCUUGCAAUGACUACUUUGUAGAACAACUGAAGAAGAAAGGGAAGUAGUUAACCUCUCUAAAAGCAGAGGUGUAUCCAAAGCUACCGACUCUUUCCCUGGCAGCCUCUGUUAGUCACAGCAACGCUCCUUACGGCUACAUUAGUUGCUGGUAUUAUUAAUGUUUGCCCUCACAUACUGACUUGAAGUGAGUAUUCCAGAUUUCAUGUUUCCCUCUAGAAGAUCCCCAAUAUUACUAAUGAUAGUGCACGCCCAUGUCCAGUGGCGAAGCAGUUACAGAAGCCAGACCUUCCACCUUCUGCUCCCCAUAGAGAAUUUGGGUCCAGACUUCCAGAGGGGGAGAAAUGUCAGGGGAAGAUGCCCAGAGGACUCUGAGCUCCAACUCCAUCAGGACCCACAGACAGAAGAGGAGAAAAGGAAAGACUUUCAGAAGUAGUAACAGGUGGAGAUGUGACUUAGAAAGGAAGAGAAGGCAGGACCAUAGGAAUAAAAAAGGGCAAAUAUAUUAAAAUAUAGACAGACAGUUGCUGAAAUAAUAGUCAACCCGUAUCUGUGAUCUUAGGAGAACUACCGUAGUUUCCAAUGAAGAGAAUAAGGACCCAGAACUCUGGUGGUGGGAAUGGUGUGGAGUUAUACCCCUGUUAGCUCAUAAUUUUUAAAUCAAUAUUAAGUCACUAAUAA